AGCAGGCCCCUGAUGCUGAUGUUGUCAUCUGUGUCUCUGUUAUGUAUUAUUUCCAGCUGAUUGGUAAAGAUGGAAAGAGGGAGAGGAGGAGGAGGAGGAAGGAACCUGGGAGGCUCUGGCCUGCACAGGAGCAUUUAUUCCCAGUCCCAGCAGCAGUACCAUUACCCAGCCUCCUCCCAGGGGGGCUGCAUGGAGAUCCAGGAGCUGGCCUCCAAGAGGGUGGACAUCCAGAAAAAGCGAUUUUAUCUGGAUGUGAAACAGAGCUCCCGAGGCCGCUUCCUGAAGAUCGCCGAGGUCUGGAUAGGAAGAGGCAGGCAGGACAAUAUUAGGAAAAGCAAGCUGACCCUCUCCUUGUCCGUGGCCGCCGAGCUGAAGGACUGCUUGGGGGACUUCAUCGAGCACUAUGCCCACCUGGGCCUGAAAGGCGGCCACGGUCACCGGCACGAGCACAGCAAUGGCAAAGAGCAGCAUCCCCGGAGGCGACAGCAGCACCCGCCGCCUUCGCCUCCGGUGUCCGUCGGCUCCGAAGAGCACCCUCACAGCGUCCUCAAAACGGAGUACAUCGAGAGGGACAACAGAAAGUACUACCUGGACCUGAAGGAGAAUCAGCGAGGGCGCUUCUUGCGGAUUAGACAAACCAUGAGUAGGGGACCUGGCAUGAUGGGUUAUUUUGGCCACAGCUUGGGACAGGAGCAGACAAUCGUCCUUCCGGCGCAAGGGAUGAUUGAGUUCAGGGAUGCUUUGGUCCAGCUGAUCGAAGAAUACGGCGAGGGGGACAUAGAGGAUCGCCGGGGGGGAGGCGAUGAGCCCCCGGAGCUCCCCGAGGGCACCUCCUUCCGAGUGGACAACAAGCGCUUCUACUUCGACGUGGGAUCCAACAGGUACGGCAUUUUCCUGAAGGUGUAGUUUUUUGCCCCUUGGAGUUGGCAUCUUGUCCUUCGGGAAGGUAAAAGUAAGCGUUUUCUCCUGCGUGGCACACGUGAGGCCCGAAUGCAAAGCCUAGUACAGCACCUCUCGCUUUGGAAGGACCUUUUAGGCGGAAAAAAGCUCUUGUAGGGAUUUUUUAGUUCUUUGGGCUUUAAGAUGGCUCAUGGGAAGCGCAUUGUAACGACACACAGGCAAUGUUUUACCGACCUUUUCUUUUUCUCCAAGAGAGACUUUUUAAUUUGCUUCAACAGUUUAGAGUUUGUUUCCUUCAAAGGCUUUUUGGACCCAUGCAAAUGCCCUUGAAAUGAGUCAAGUUUAUCAAAACAAAUUGUGCAUUGCAGGAAGCAGUCUCAAAACGCACACACACCCAUGCACCUAUCCACGUGUACGUGCAUGUGUGUAUGUGUGUGUUUACAUAGAGAUAGAUAUAUUAUUUCCCCAACCAUUCCUUUUUUUGGGGGGUUGGUUUGUUUUUUGGUUUUGUUUUCCCCCGCCCCCCAAGAUAUUAACCAAAAGGUGUUUUAAAGUCAUGGCAUGAAAACUCCUAAAUGUAAAUCUGAGUACCUUGUGAUGCUAAUUAACAGGUUUUUCUGAAACUUUAUGUGAUGCUUACUAUUUUUCUUAGGAAGUUUUGUUUAAUGUUAGAUCAUUGUUCUGGAGGAUGUUGGUCCUACUGGCAUUAAACUAAUGGAAAUAAAAUGCAUGUGUUACAAGUGUAGAAACGGUGAAGAAUUAAGUGUGAACUUACUGUACGAUACCGAUUCUGUUUUCAAACAAUCUGUUUUGCUGUUCAAUAGUUGACAUAUGGAAAUGCCAAUGUACUGUAAUUUAGCACUUUUCUAAUGGACCCUGUUCUCACUACGCCUGAGGGAAGAAGUGGGUUUGGCGUGGGGCCGUCUGAACUCAACCUCUGAACCUUUUCUGCAUGUUUCGGCACCAGAAUUGGCCAGGGGGAAACUCCAAUUUGAGGUUUUCUCGUCGGUUCGGUGGCCGGCAUGGGGCGGAGGGGCGGUGGCUCUCCAUUUCCCUGGCCAAAUCAGGACAAUUUGGGUGAAGACCUCGCUGCGAGUGGAUGGACUGGCAGCAUCCCGGUCCACCAGCACAUCCCUGCAGGAGCCAGGCUGGGGACGGGCUGUCUGAGCUGGGGUGGGACAGACAUGCAUCUGAAAAGCAGCUGAAGCAAUCCGCAGACCCUGAAAUGAAAAGGCAGAAGGGUUAAACUACCAGCCACCUCCCUCCAGCCCAAAGCCUCCUUUCCUAGUGUUAACAGGGUGCAAAGUGUUACUUGUCAUGUACUGUACUGAAAGGGUUAAUUGAUCAGUGACUGUAUUGUACUGUAUGAAAACUCAUGAAUUGCCUUGUAUUGUUUCUAAUGGACUGUACCAUGUCCCCCCACCGCCCACUCCCAACCUGUCCCCAGGUUUUCCAAAUGACGCAUGUUAUCAGUUAGGUCCUCCAAACUCUCUGGUGCUAACUCUUCUGUAUCCGAUGGUGCUUCUGCGGAUGCUAACUGACGACAUGCCGAUCCAGAGCUUGAAGUUCACAACGUCUUUAUUGUCUGUUUGUAUGAAGUCGACACACACACGCACGCUCAUGAAAGAAAAAACAAAAGAUAAACUUGAAUUUGUUUCAAAGCAUCAUUGACAAUCUAAUGUUUUCUAUGUCUGCUUUUAUUUGGGAUGGCUUUUCUAGAAAGCAGCGCGCCAGCACCUUCACACCAGGGGGGGAUUUCGUCCCGUUCACGCCGCGGCAGCUCCUCCGGCAUCCGAGGUGAGCUGCUCCCUUGCUGGCUUUUCAGGCUCGGUCGCGGGAAGUCGAUCCAUCAGGAGCCAGCGAGGAAGAGGAGGUGCAGGUGCCUUCAAAGAUGCCUGACCCUAAAAAGCAGCCAGCAUCCCCGUGACCGCCCCAUCUGUACGUAGGUGGUAGGUGGGCACCGAGGGUCUCGAAGGGGAGGAACCCACCCCUUGCUUUGUGGCAAGAAUUGGCUUUUUAUGAGAAUGGAGGCAGAAAAUUGAGUCAGGGGAAGCCGGAGCUCCCAAAGGCACCUUCAUCUCUUUCUGGCAUCACUCAUCUCCGCUGGCAGAGGAACUGCCUUCCGAGCCUGGGGUUUUGCAGGUGACACACACCUCGGAUGGCGUGAACUGACCCAUCCCCUCCCAAACCUCCCCGUCCCCGACGCGAGCUGCUUUUUGGACAAAAUAAAAUCUGACUAUAUUUUAUAUCGAUUUGAAAACAAAGUCUGAUAUUUACCCCUGUUCUCAACUGAAUUUGCAUAUUGUUGU